AUGCUCUCCCCCCUUCCCUUUUUUCCCCUUUGGAUUCUUCUUGUUCUUGGGCCUUAUCUUCUUCCGGACCCUAUAUCCUUCCGGGCCCUAUGGCGCAACGGAAAGAUCAUUCGCGGAUGUUGGCAACUCAGCGGACGGCACCAGGGCGACCCAAUGACGGACCGUACCGUUGGUCGUGAGGCGGUUACGGACCUGGCUGCCUUCCACCGCGCCGGCAUCUCAACCUUGGACGUGGCGGAUAACUACGGACCUGCAGAGCUGCUGGUGGGGCAGUACCUGCGGCUGUACCCAGGGGACGCUGCUACAGCCACCAUCGCCACGAAGUUGUCGUACUUGAGCGAGGAGGACAUGUCCACAGUCAGCCGUGCAAUGGUGGAGUACGCCGUACGGAGCUCGCUCGUUCGACUGGGACGGGAGCGGUUGGAUCUCGUUCAAUUGCAGUGGGCGGAACCUGUACGGCACCGUCGGUGGUUGGACGUGCUCAAAUGGCUGGCGGACCUUCGGGAGGAGGGCCUUAUCAGCCACCUGGGCGUCUGCAACUUUGCCGUACCGCAGCUGGCCGCGGCGGUGGAUUCCCGUGUCGGCCUCGUCAGUAACCAGGUGCAGUACUCGCUCCUGGACAGACGACCAAAACUAUUCAUGGAGAAGGCCGCGGCAUCGUACGGCAUAAAGCUGUUGGCGUACGGCACCGUGGCCGGUGGCUUGCUGGCGGACAAGUACUACAAUGUCCCGGCGAGCAAGGUCCGCCUGGAUACGGCAAGUAAGCAAAAGUACGGCUUCGUACUGCGGCAAGCGGGACAGGGGUCGGCGGGUGGCGGAGGGGGAUGGGGCUGGAUGCAAGAGGUGCUGGAGGCCACACGUACGGUAGCACAGCGGUACGGCGUCUCGUCCAGUGCCGUAGCUACCGCAUGGGUCCUUCACCAACCGCAGGUGGCUGCGGCAGUAGUGGGCGCCCGCAACACCCGCCAUAUCCGCGACAUGCAGGCCGCCUGCGCUCUGCACCUGGACGACGGCGACCUUCUAGAUUUGGACGCUGUUUGGGAGGGUGUGCCCGACCCGCCGACCAGUGAUGUGUACGUGUGGGAGCGGGGGGGAGUCUGGUGA